AUGAAGCGCCCUUGCGAGGAGACGACCUCCGAGAGCGACAUGGACGAGACCAUCGACGUGGGAAGCGAGAACAAUUACUCGGGGCAAAGUACUAGCUCUGUGAUUAGAUCAAAUUCCCCAACAACAACAUCUCAGAUUAUGGCAAGAAAGAAAAGGAGAGGGAUAAUAGAGAAAAGGCGUCGAGAUCGAAUAAAUAACAGUUUAUCUGAGUUGAGACGACUGGUGCCAACUGCUUUUGAAAAACAAGGAUCUGCAAAGUUAGAGAAAGCCGAAAUACUGCAAAUGACAGUAGAUCAUCUGAAGAUGCUUCAGGCAACUGGGGGUAAAGGCUACUUUGACGCACACGCUCUGGCCAUGGACUUCAUGAGCAUUGGCUUCCGGGAGUGCCUAACGGAAGUGGCCCGGUACCUGAGCUCCGUGGAGGGCCUGGACUCCUCCGACCCCCUGCGGGUGCGACUGGUCUCUCAUCUCAGCACGUGUGCCUCGCAGCGGGAGGCGGCGGCCAUGACGUCCUCUCUGGCCCACCACCACCAUCCCCUGCACCCGCACCACUGGGCGGCAGCCUUCCACCACCUCCCCGCGGCCCUGCUCCAGCCCAACGGACUCCACGCGUCCGAGUCCACGCCUUGUCGCCUCUCCACCGCUUCGGAAGUGCCUCCUGCCCACGGCUCCGCCCUCCUCACGGCCACGUUCGCCCACGCCGACUCCGCCCUUCGGAUGCCGGCCACGGGCAGCGCGGCCCCCUGCGUGCCGCCUCUCUCCACCUCCCUCUUGUCCCUCUCCGCCACUGUCCACGCGGCCGCGGCCGCGGCCACCGCAGCGGCGCACAGCUUCCCUCUGUCCUUCGCGGGGGCCUUCCCCAUGCUCCCCCCUAACGCAGCUGCAGCCGUGGCAGCCGCCACAGCCAUCAGCCCGCCCUUAACCGUGUCGGCCACGUCCAGCCCGCAGCAGACAAGCGGUGGAACAAACAGUAAACCUUACCGACCCUGGGGGACAGAAGUGGGAGCUUUUUAAGUUUUAACUGAACUUUUUGCAAUGGUAACCGAAUGUCCUUCGUUUCCGAGUCAGCUUAAACCUCUGCACCCUGAAAGUAGCCAUACAGAUGUCUACAGAUCCACAAAGGAACAAUAAAGCUA